AUGACUUAUUUGCAAGAUUGGGACUAUAGAUCUUUAGCUCAACAAUGUGAUGCACUAACUGCAGUUGGAUUAGCACGCUCUACAUCUUGUGAUUUUCGAUGGUUUUUAGAUCCACCAUUUCGUUAUAAAACUUUAGAACCUAAAAAGUUGAUACAGGAAUUGAGACUGUUGCUCAUAGCAUUAGGCCCACAUCCAUGUAUGCAAUCAUUUUUGAAUAAAAUGUUUCAUGAUUUCCAUGAGUUUGGAGAUUCUUAUGACAAUAGCAUAGAGUAUGUUCCAGGAACUCCACUGUUCAGUCAUGUGCAAGAUGCAAUGAAAUUAUGUGUUGACGCCCUGGUGCAUCUUUCUGUUAGACCAGGAAAAGCAAAAGAAUUGGUAGAAAAUGGAGCCUUACAAUUGUUAAUAGAUGUAGCACGACAUAGUAAAUCAAACACAGAAAUUAAAUCAAAUAUUGCUGAAAUAUUGUCAAAUAUUGCUAUUUAUGGAAAUUCUUUAAGUUUGGUGUACAGUUCUGGGUGGAUUGGUAUUCUGCAUCAAUGGUCUAUUGAUGAAGAUGUACGAUUAAGAGUUUGUGCAUCUAGAGCUCUAAUUAAUUUUGACGAGGAUGAUUUAGUAGGUGAUUACACAUAUCCAGCUAGAGUAUUUCCAUUAUAUCCCGUAAAAAGAUGUACGAGAAAACCAAAGUUAGAUGUUAUUUUUGUUCAUGGUCUUCUAGGUGGUGUAUUUAUCACAUGGCGUCAACGUGAUAUCAAAGAUGAAGCUCUGGGUCUUGUGGAAAGUAUGACCUGUGGUGGAAUUUGUGAUGAUUCUCAAAUGAGAAAGGUUACAGUACCUCCACCAAAGCAAGAACUCAACUUUCCUAAUGAACCCUAUUCAUUCUGUUGGCCAAUGGAUUGGCUACCAAAAGAUUUUGAAAACAUUCGAAUUUUAGGUGUCAAUUAUGAUACCUCCCUUUCCCUUUGGACAACUACAUCUUGCAAUUGCUAUAGUUCUAUGGGGUCGACACUUGAAGGGAGAGCUCAUGAUCUAAUGCAUAGACUAGUUCAAGCAGGAGUCGGUAUGGAUGGUCGGAAAGUAGUUUGGGUUGCUCAUUCUAUGGGUGGUUUACUAGUAAAAUCUAUGUUAGUUCAAUCAUUUGAAAGCCAGAAUGAAAUGUUAAGAUCUUUGUAUAAAAGUACAUCUGGAAUAGCAUUUCUUGGCACCCCACAUGAUGGAUCUAGUAUAGCAGCAUUGCCUGCUCCAACAGCAGCACUAUUAUGGCCAUCUAUUGAAGUGAAAGAGUUGAGAGAGAAAUCGCCUAAACUAAGAGAGUUACAUCACAAAUUUCUUGAAAUAUUGGAUGAUCACAAAGUAGAAGUGGUUACCGUAUGUGAAGGAAAACCAACAUUAUUAACAGCUCUUAAGGUUCCUUUAGUAUUUGUAGCUCCACAAAGUGCUGAUCCGGGAAUAGGAGAUUUUUAUACAGCUCCAAGUAAUCAUUUAGAUAUAUGUAAACCAACUUCCAGACAAUCGUUCCUUUAUAAAAGGCUGCUAGGCGUGAUAAAAAAUUCUUUAACUGUAGAACACUAA